AUGCCAAAAGUUAUUAGAAGUCCAUUCUACUGGUGCGAAAGAAGCCCGAUGACAAAGUAUUCAGUUCUGGUGUUAUCCGUAAGGAAAUCGGACAGAGCGAAGAGGAUCGCGAAAGAAAUUGCAUCGUUGAGAAAUAACCUCCCACUUGAGGCAAGCAACAGCAUAUUUGUAUGCAUAGACGACAGUCGCUGUGAUAUCAUGAAAGUGCUCAUAACAGGGCCAGAUGAGACUCCAUAUCAAAACGGUUGCUUCGAGUUCGACCUUUUCUUUCCGGCCAACUAUCCGUUCUCACCACCGAAAAUGACUUUUCUGAGCGGUGGCGAUGUCAGAUUCAACCCGAAUCUGUACCAGGACGGAAAAGUAUGCCUAAGUAUCUUGAAUACAUGGGAAGGAAGACCUGAGGAGAAGUGGAGUCAGUUUUGCACCUUACUUCAACUGCUGGUAUCAGUGCAAGUAAGGCAAAUUUUCGUUUAAUU